GUUGCGAUUCGCGAUGAGCGGCUCUGGAAAACCGCUUCUCGGCCUGUGGCUCUAUCGGAGCACCGAUGACGGCUGGAGCUACAAGGAGGAGAGUCCGCCUAUAGCUCUUAAACCUACCCAGCUGAAGUCCCAAAAUGGCGAAGACAAAGGUGCAGAGGAAGAGAAACAAAGGAUAUCGAUAAUAUUUACACUGAAAAAUCAAGUAGGUGGAUUGGUCCGAGCGUUGCAAGCGUUCCAAGACUUGGGAAUCAACGUGCAGCACAUUGAAUCGAGGCCGUCACAAACUGGUGAUAAUCAGGCGGAUUUUUUGGUGGAUAUUGAGUGCGAGCCUAGAAAGGUAGAGCAAGUGAGCAGGAUGUUGAAGAGAGAAGUUUUAACGAUGGUGAUAGGAAGUUACGGUAGUGGAGAUGAGGAGUUCCCACCUCCGACGCCAUUAUCAGCCACGACUAGUUUUGAUUAUGACGAUAUGCCUUGGUUCCCGAAGAAAAUAUCCGAUCUAGACAACGCCCAAAAUGUUCUGAUGUACGGUAGCGAGUUGGAUGCUGACCAUCCCGGGUUCAAAGAUCCAGUUUAUAGGAAAAGGAGGGAGCAAUUCUAUAGGAUUGCCAUGAACUAUAAACAUGGACAACCUAUUCCUAAGGUCAAAUAUACUCCAGAAGAGAUCAAAACAUGGGGCAUAGUAUUUCGUGAGCUCCACAAGCUCUAUCAAAGGCACGCUUGUAAGGAAUAUCUUGACAACUGGCCUCAACUAGUGAAAUACUGCGGUUACAGAGAAGAUAAUAUACCACAGCUGCAGGAUGUUAGUGUGUUUUUGAAAAGGAAGACUGGGUUCCAACUGAGACCUGUCGCUGGAUACUUGAGCCCCAGGGACUUCCUUUCUGGUCUUGCUUUCAGAGUUUUUCACUGUACGCAGUAUAUCAGACAUUCCACGGAUCCGUUUUAUACACCAGAGCCAGAUUGCUGCCAUGAAUUGCUGGGGCACAUGCCACUGUUGGCCAAUCCAAGUUUUGCACAAUUUUCACAAGAAAUUGGCCUGGCUUCGCUAGGUGCAUCAGAAGAGGAUGUCAGCAAACUUGCCACGCUUUACUUCUUCACCGUUGAAUUCGGCCUAGCCAAACAAGAUGGGGAACUAAAAGUAUACGGCGCUGGACUACUAAGCUCUGUAGCGGAACUGAAACAUGCUUUAAGUUCACCGGAAAAGGUCAGACGCUUCGACCCUGGAUUGACUUGCGAGCAAGAAUGCAUCAUCACUGACUACCAACUGGGAUAUUGGUAUACGGAUUCUUUCGAGGAAGCUAAAGAAAAAAUGAGGACGUUCGCCGAGAGCAUCCAACGUCCUUUCGGUCUCCGCUACAACCCUUACACCUGCAGCGUGGAGGUGCUCAGCAACGCUCAGAAGAUCACAGCGGUGGUUUCUGAGCUCCGCGGUGAUCUGUGCAUCGUGAACAGCGCGCUGAAGAAGAUCAGCGCGAGGGAUUCCACGUUGGACGUUGACCAUAUUACUACGCUGCUUCAGAAGGGGUUGGCUUGCAGCGAGACUAAUGGGGCAGAUAGCGAGAGCGGUGAUGAUCGACAAGAGCAGAAAAAAUAAGAUUUCAAAAAGAAUUGUUUUGCGCCAUAUAGUCGGAUCAAAAUGGGAUAAGCUCUGAAGCGCGAUAGAGCAUAACCCACAACACAUAAAAAUGACCAUUAUUAGAAUCAUAGAAACGACAUAAAUUGAACAGUUUUCCAAACCGAAACUGGACAUUCCUCCACGAAUUAGUAGUAAAAGGAAAAUGAGUAAAGGUUAUAGAAAAGGUAAUCAUAGAUACAGGUACUUCAUUAUACAAAGAUGGGGUUUUCCUUUACACGACGUGUAGAUCGUGAGGAAAUAAGCGGAUAUUGUUUGUAGCAUAUACACCAAUGUCUUAAGAGAACCGAGAUAUUGGGCUCCACAAACUCAAUAAAAACAAACCAAAGCCGGUCCUGUCCUAUCUCUAGAUCACGUCCACAGCGCCAGCGCCGGCGUACUGUUAUACGACGUACGACUACGAUGUAAAUGCGGAUUUUGCGACAGAGCCGUACUCGGAAUUUCAAUUCAACUGAACAGUGAGUACUUUUUACAUAUUUGCAUUAAAAUAUGUUCUGUUGGUAAUAAUAAAUCAGAUGAAUCUCAGCCCAGCUGUUUUAAGU